CGCCGGCCGCCCCGACACCUGUCGUGGGCGCGCUAGGUCGCUGCAGCCCCCAGCAGCUGGCGGCGGCGGCAGCGACAGGAGCCCUCCAGGAGCGGAAGGAAUUAAGCGCCCGCCCAUCCCAUCUGACUCGGCCUCUCCCCUCUCCUCCUCCCCCUCCUCCUCCUCCCCCUCCUCCUCUUCCUCCUCCUCCUCUCCGUCCUCCUCCCCUCCUCCUCCCCCUCCUCCCCUCCUUCCCUUCCUCCUCCUCUCCGUCCUCCUCCUCCUCCUCCUUCGCCUUCCCCUUUGCUGCUGCCGCCACCUCCACCCGGUCCCUGUCCCCUGUCGGCUUCCCGGCGGGACGCUGGUGCCUGCGGGCUUUGCACGGCGCUCGGGGCAGAGAACGGGGCUCGCGUCCGGGGGCUGCCCCGGGAUGGCGGUGAAAUAGGGGGACCUCGGAGAGGCGCCGCGACCCCAGGCUGCGCUCGGGGGCCCGCCACUCCUCGCUGGCGACAUGGGGGACCCGGUACACCGCGAGAAACCGCAGCUGCACUACGCGGGUGAUUUCACCUGGAACAGCAUGUCGGGCCGCAGUGUGCGGCUGAGAUCGGUUCCCAUCCAGAGUCUCUCUGAGCUGGAGCGGGCCCGGCUGCAGGAAGUGGCUUUCUAUCAGUUGCAGCAGGACUGUGACCUGAGCUGUCCAAUCACCAUUCCCAAAGAUGGGCAGAAGAGAAAGAAAUCUUUGAGAAAGAAACUGGAUUCACUAGGAAAGGAGAAAAACAAAGACCGAGAAUUCAUCCCACAGGCAUUUGGAAUGCCCUUAUCCCAAGUCAUUGCAAAUGACCGGGCCUAUAAACUCAAGCAGGACUCACAGAGGGACGAACAAAAGGAUGCGUCCGAUUUCGUGGCUUCCCUCCUCCCAUUUGGAAAUAAAAGACAAAACAAAGAACUCUCAAGCAGUAACUCAUCUCUCAGCUCCACCUCGGAAACACCAAAUGAGUCAACGUCCCCGAACACCCCAGAACCGGCUCCUCGGGCCAGGAGGAGGGGUGCGAUGUCAGUGGAUUCUAUCACAGAUCUUGACGACAGUCAGUCUCGACUACUAGAAGCUUUACAACUCUCCUUGCCUGCCGAGGCUCAUAGUAAAAAAGAGAAAGCCAGAGAUAAGAAACUGAGUCUGAAUCCCAUUUACAGACAGGUCCCCAGGCUGGUGGACAGCUGCUGUCAGCAUCUAGAAAAACACGGCCUCCAGACAGUGGGGAUAUUCCGAGUUGGAAGCUCAAAAAAGAGAGUGAGACAAUUACGUGAGGAAUUUGACCGCGGGGUCGAUGUCUCUCUGGAGGAAGAGCACAGCGUUCAUGAUGUGGCUGCCCUGUUGAAGGAGUUCCUGAGGGACAUGCCGGACCCCCUUCUCACCAGGGAGCUGUACACGGCCUUCAUCAAUACUCUCUUGUUGGAGCCAGAAGAACAGCUGGGUACCUUGCAGCUUCUCAUCUACCUUCUACCUCCCUGCAACUGCGACACGCUCCACCGACUCCUCCAGUUCCUCUCCAUGGUGGCCAGGCACGCCAACGACAACGUCAGCAAAGAUGGGCAAGAGGUCACUGGGAACAAAAUGACAUCUCUAAACUUGGCCACCAUAUUUGGACCCAACCUGCUGCACAAGCAGAAAUCCUCAGACAAAGAAUUCUCGGUCCAGAGUUCAGCCCGGGCUGAGGAGAGCACAGCCAUCAUCGCUGUGGUACAGAAGAUGAUUGAAAAUUAUGAAGCCCUGUUCAUGGUUCCGCCAGAUCUCCAGAACGAAGUCCUGAUCAGCCUGUUGGAGACCGACCCCGAUGUGGUGGACUAUUUACUCAGAAGAAAGGCCUCCCAGUCAUCAAGCCCUGACAUGCUGCGGUCGGAAGUUUCAUUUUCUGUGGGAGGAAGGCACUCGUCCACCGACUCCAACAAGGCCUCCAGCGGAGACCUCUCCCCUUAUGACAACAACUCCCCAGUGCUGUCCGAGCGCUCCUUGCUGGCUAUGCAAGACGACGCGGCCCCGGGGGGCUCAGAGAAGCUUUACAAAGGGCCGGAGCAGUACGUGCUGGUGAGCCACUUGCCAUCGUCGAAAUCAAGGGAGAGUUCUCCUGGACCAAGGCUUGGCAAAGAUAUGGCGGAGGAGCCUUUCAAUAUCUGGGGAACUUGGCAUUCAACAUUAAAAAGUGGAUCCAAAGACCCAGGAAUGACAGGUUCCUAUGGAGACAUUUUUGAAAGUAGCUCCCUGCGACCGGGGCCAUGUUCCCUUUCUCAGGGGAACCUGUCCCCGAAUUGGCCUCAGUGGCACGGGAGCCCCACAGAACUGGAACGUGGCCGGCAGGUCAUUCGGAGGACUCGGACCACGGCCACCGUGGUGGAGUGCACGGCCUGCCCUCCCGUGUCGCGGGUCUGCAGCACGCCCCACAUCCAGGGCGGCGGCAGGAGACCCGAGCAGGCCAUGCCCAAGGCAGGGCGGUAUUUGACUCUGGGCAGUGCCGAAGACCUCACCCAGAGCGAGCCAGGCACCGCCUGGCCGCAGAGCAGAGCCAAGCCCUGGCACCAGAGACCUCGAGAGGGCGAGAAGCGUGACAAGAGGCCUCCUCCUCCUUAUCCUGGUCCAGGGAAGCAAGCUUUGGCGUCAGCCCGCCAGCCUGCCGAGUCACUGCUGUGGAGGCCUCAGAAGCCCGAAGAAGGUUCCAGAACAGCUUCGGAAGAGCCUCGGGCCACUGAGCAAAACCCGAGCACUGCCUACUCCGGUCCCGCCGGCGAUCAGAACAGCAAGACUUUGGGCGACCCCGACUGGCUCGACUGGCAGAGAGAGCGGUGGCAAAUCUGGGAGCUCUUGUCCACCGACAACCCCGACGCCCUCCCGGAAACGCUGGUCUGAGCCCACCCGAGUUCGCGCCCCCACGUCCCAAACAGCCUUCUUUCACUCAGUAGGGAAAAAAGGUGGUGUGGGACAAUUGGACACUUCUACUUAUUUUUCUUCUUUUACACUUUAAAAAAAUAACACGGGAGAAACCGAGUUCACUCAAAGAUAUAGAGCACUACCCUUGCCAUUGAUAAUAACGUUCUAUUGCAUAGCCAGCCUUAGGAGAAAACAAAAACAAAACCGGAUGGCGAUAUCCAAUCGAAAAACUACCCGCUUUGGCUCUGUAUAAGAUAAAACUCUUGCUUUGAUAUCGCUUAAUUGUAUUUAUGUGACUUCCGUUCUGACUGUUGUAUAUUCUGUAACAGAUUAUGUAUGAUAAUCAUAUAUGAUAUAUUCACAGAAACAGAAGGAACCAUUUUUUUUUUAAAUCACUUCACGCCUACUAAGGAAUGAGAUUCCGUAGAAUGUUCUAGAAUAUGCACAAGCAGGUUUCUGUGCUUUUGCCAUAGCUUUUUAACUGGGGAUAGCCCUUCCUUCAAUGCCUAAGAAAAAACGCUAACACAGCAAAACAAAACAGAAUAUGCCAAGCCAUAUUUUUAUAUAGUAGUGAGAUACCAAAAAAAUGUAGUCACCGAAUGCUUUUUCAUAUUGAAUAUGUUUUAAGGAGAAUAUUAAAUUUGAUACAUUGUGGAAUAUAUUUUUAGAAUCUGUUUAGAAAGGUUUCAGUUAAUCAAACAAGAGAAAGGCCGUGCCUAACAAAGAAAGAAUAAUUAAGUUGUCCUUCCCAGUUUAGAUCAAAUUCAGUUUUAUAUAGACCAUAUAUAAUAUAUAUUUAUAAUGUAUAAUUUUUAUGUAUUUUUCAAAACUACAAACUGGAAUCCAACUAUAAAGUGUUUAAGAAUCCAAAUGGAGUAUUCAAAUUACAGAACGCAGUUUUUCCUUCUGCCCCAUAAUCAGUAUUAACCAAAUUAUACGCAGUGCUUUGUAAAGUAAAUCAUGUUUGGAAAAAAAAAAAAAAACUACAGCUUUGUAUUGACGUCGUGCCAAAGGCUGAGGAAAUGUUUCCUUCAGGAAUUUUGUGUGUAUUGUAAAAUGCUCCUGCCACACUUCAGUUUGAAGUUUUUCAACCGCAAAACCAUUUUUGACCAGCAGGUGGCGAUUCGCUUCAGUAUUUUCUGAGAUUUUUUUUUUUUUUUUCACUUCAUAAGGGAAUGUGUAUUAUAGAAAAGGAAUUUUUUUUUUUUUUUAUGGAACAUGCUACUCUUAAUCUUCAUGUUGGCAAUGAAAUUUUCCGUGGUGUUUCUUCAUGUUCUAUCUUGUGCCAUGAUGAAUAAAAAGUUAAACAGAGA